AUGGCCGGUCAGGGCCAUCAGUUCCCUGGGAAUUUUCAAGGAAAUCCUGCUUCUAUGAGAUCCGGCUAUGGAGGAGGUCCAAUGAGUGGACAAAUGCAGGCUAUGCCAAAUCAGUUAGCAGGAGUAAUGGGCGGUCCCAUGGGAGGGGCUGGUAUGGUUGGUAUGGGCAAUCAGAUGGUCCCGCCAUAUGGUGCUCCAAUGCAAAGUCAAAUGGCAAAUAUGGGAAUGGCACCACAGGGAAUGGGAGUAGGUGUUCCUGGUCCAACAGGUAUGGGACCACAGGGAGUUCAACAACCAGUUGGCAUGCAAUCAGCAGGCACAGUGCAAACUCCCACAGCACCAGUCCCACCAUCAGCACCCAAUCACCCACCACAGACAAAAGACUUCAAUACAGCAUCCUUAUGCAAAUUUGGCCAAGAGACAGUUCAGGACAUAGUGAGCAGAACGCAGGAGGUGUUUCAAACAUUAAAGGCGAUUCAACCCCCGAACGGUACGCAGCAUGGAGAGAAUGCAUCCAACGACAAGAAGACGAAGAUGCAAGAACAGUUGCGCACGAUCAGGUUGCUCUUCAAACGGCUGAGGCUUAUCUAUGAAAAGUGCAAUGAGACUUGUCAAGGUAUGGAGUACACGCAUAUGGAAAGUUUGAUACCGAUCAAAGACGAGGCUGAUAAUAAGGCUCUGGAGGAGAGACGCAAUACAGAAGCCUAUCGGACCGCCCUGGAUGAACAUAGAGAGCUGACAGAACAGGUGGCGCUGAAAAACAAACAGUUGAAAGAAGUAAUCACUAACCUCCGGACAAUAAUUUGGGAGAUCAAUGUGAUGCUCACUAUGAGGAGAUCUUGA